UACUUGCUGUCUGAGCUUCAAUAGAAAUAGCUCUCAGCUGUGGCUCUAGUUCUGACUUUUCCUCCCUCCCUCCCAGCCACUACUGUGUGUGUUUUUUUUCCUCUCAGAAGAUUUUCGAUUUGAAAUAACUUGGUGGUGAGCUCAGAUGGCGCUGCCAGCCAGAAGCUGAGGGCCUGGGGUCGGUGCCUACACACAGGAAUAAGAAACUUCAGUAUCCACCAGGCACUGAUGGUUGCACCAGAACACGGUCACUAGUGAGUGCUUAGAAGCGUGGCACAAGGGAAAUCAAAUCUGCGUCACCACUCAUAUCCUGGGUAUAGGGAAACAAGCAAGUCCCCUGGAUUAUUGUUACCAUGAAGUUUUUGGGAUUAGUGUUAACCGCCCUAUUGGUCGGAACGUUUUCCCAGAUUCCUGAGCAGCAACAUGGCUGCUCUCAAGGUAGUUGUUACCCAGGUACAGGCGACCUUCUGGUGGGCCGGGCAGACAAGCUCAAAGCUACAUCAACCUGUGGACUGAAGAAGGCACAAAUGUACUGUAUUGUUAGUCAUCUGCAGGAUGAAAAGAAAUGCUUUGUUUGUGACUCUCGUAAUCCAUAUGGACUUCAGCGAAAUAGCCACCGAAUUGAAAAUGUGAUCACCACUUUUGCACCACAGCGCAAAAAGGCUUGGUGGCAAUCAGAGAACGGGGACUCUGAAGUCAGCAUUCAGUUGGACCUUGAGGCUGAAUUUCACUUUACUCACCUUAUUAUGACCUUCAAGACAUUCAGACCAGCUGCCAUGUUAGUGGAGCGUUCAUCAGACUUUGGACGCACAUGGAAGGUUUACCGAUACUUUGCUUAUGACUGUGCUACUGACUUCCCCAAUGUAUCACGAAGUGCUCCACGUAAGGUGGAUGAUGUUAUUUGUGAAUCUCGAUACUCAGAUAUUGAGCCGUCCACAGAUGGUGAGGUGAUUUACAGAGUUCUGGAUCCUGCGCUUCCUGUCCAAGACCCUUAUAGCCAAAGAAUUCAAAAUCUGCUAAAAAUCACCAACAUCAGGGUAAACUUCACCAAGCUGCAUACCCUGGGCGACAACCUGCUGGACUCUCGAGUGGAGAUAAAGGAGAAGUAUUACUACGCCCUGUAUGAGCUGGGUCGAGGGAACUGCUUCUGCUAUGGUCAUGCAUCUGAGUGUGCGCCCAUCCAUGGAGUCUCAAGCGACGUAGAGGGAAUGGUUCAUGGGAGAUGCGUGUGCAAACACAACACAAACGGGCUCAACUGUGAGAAAUGCGAUAGUUUCUUCAAUGACCUUCCAUGGAGACCCGCUGAAGGGCACAGCACCAACGCCUGUAAAAAAUGUAAUUGCAACAACCACUCCCGUAAGUGCCACUUUGAUAUGGCCGUUUACCUAUCCACCAGCAAUGUAAGCGGUGGCGUUUGUGACGACUGUCAGCACAACACAAUAGGACGUAACUGUGAGCUGUGCAAACCUUUCUUCUACAAAGACCCCAGCAGAGACAUCAGAGACAGCAGCGUAUGCCGAGCUUGUGAUUGUGAUCCAGACGGUUCUCUGAAUGGAGGGCUUUGUGACGCUCAGGAUGACCAAGUUUUGAAACUCAUUGCUGGACAAUGUCGGUGUAAAAACUAUGUUGAAGGGCCAAGAUGUGACAGGUGCAAGGCGGGAUUCUUUGGGCUUAGUGCAAAUAACUUCCAAGGCUGUCAAAGAUGUCAGUGCGACCCCAGAGGUACCGUUUUAGACGGUUCUCAGUGUGACUCAGUCAGUGGUGACUGCUUCUGCAAACGCUUUGUGACCGGACGUAGCUGCAACCAGUGUCUUCCAGAAUAUUGGGCUCUGAGUCACGAUGUUUACGGGUGCCGUGCCUGCGAUUGUGACAUCGGAGGAGCUUGGGAUAACAACUGUGCUGCUGAGACUGGACAGUGCCGCUGCAGAAACAAUAUGGUGAGCAGGCAGUGCAACCGCGUGAAAUCAGGAUACUAUCGAAUCAACUUGGAUCACUACGUCUACGAGGCAGAAUCAGCUUUACUUCGGCAGGGAAGUUCAGUCUCUGAGAGGGAACGUCCAGUGGAUACUUCUGUUUCUUGGACUGGUGCUGGUUUUGCUUUGGUUCCAGAGGGAGGAGUUCUGGAGUUUCAAAUGAACAAUAUUCCCUUUUCCAUGGAAUAUGAUGUUGUCAUCCGAUAUGAGCCCAAGCUUUCUGGGAAAUGGGAGCAAGUGAAGAUAUCUGUGAUCAGACCAGGAACAAUUCCUACCAGCAGCAUCUGCGGAAACACGAUCCCUGCAGAUGACUUACUGACAGCAUCUCUGCCCUCGGGUGCCAGACAUUUUGUCGUGGCUCGACCAAUCUGUCUGGAACGGGGAGUAAGUUACACCAUUCGCCUGGAAUUCAGCAGAUACAGCUCUUGGGAUAAGAUAGCAGGAGCCAGCAUACUGAUCGAUUCGCUCGUGCUCAUACCUCGUUACUCCUCCUUGGAGAUGUUUAUUGCUGGAGAUCCUUCAUCCAUCCACCGCAAGGCGACCUUUGAGCGCUACCAUUGUCAAAGCAACAUUGGUAAUGUGAUAAAAUCACCCAUCAGCGAGGUGUGCUCCAACCUUAUCACCAGCAUGUCAGCCAUUCUUCAUGAUGGCGCACUAUCUUGCGGCUGUGACCCUCAAGGCUCACUAAGCUCUGAAUGUGAUCCCCAAGGUGGACAGUGCCGCUGUAAAGCCAAUGUAAUUGGUCGUUGCUGCGAUCGUUGUGCGCCAGGGACAUAUGGUUUUGGACCAGCCGGAUGCAGAGCGUGUGAAUGCAGCGCUGAGGGGUCCAGACACAACUUCUGUGAUCAGUACAACGGGCAGUGCCCUUGUCGGCCUGGAGCUUUUGGGUUCAGAUGUGACCGCUGCCUGCCUGGGCACUGGGGCUUCCCUAACUGCCGCCAAUGUCAGUGUAAUGGUCACUCAGAGGAGUGUGACCAGAGGACAGGAGCCUGUGUGAACUGCCGAGACCACAGCAUUGGAGACCGAUGCGAGCGGUGUGUUGCUGGUUAUUUUGGAAACCCCGUCCUGGGAUCUGGGGAUCACUGCCGGCCGUGCCCAUGUCCUGAAGGCCCAAACAGUGGGCGAAACUUUGCUGCAUCCUGUCAUCAAGACCCUCGCUCCAGACAGAUUAUCUGCAACUGUAACCAGGGUUACACAGGGUCCCGUUGCGAUGCCUGUGCUGGUGGCUUUUAUGGGAAUCCUUUCCAGCCCGGCGGUCGGUGUCUUCUAUGCCAGUGUAACAAUAACAUAGAUAUGACAGACGUAGGUGCUUGUGACCAACGCAGCGGACAAUGCCUCAAGUGUAAAUACAAUACAGAAGGGUCUUUUUGUGAACACUGUCGGACCGGAUACUACGGGGAUGCAUCAAGGCGCAGCUGCAGAAAGUGCACGUGUAACUUUUUGGGAACAGACCAAAGUCAGUGUUCUUCCCGUAAUGACUGCGUGUGUAACAGGAGCAGCGGUCAGUGCCUUUGUUUGCGAAAUGUCAACGGUCUGAGCUGUGACCGCUGCAGCCCCAACUACUGGAACUUGGCCAGCGGCAAGGGGUGUGUGCCCUGUAACUGUGACCCCAACAACUCGCUCAGCCUCUCGUGUAAUGAGUUUACCGGGAGGUGUCAGUGUCGGCCUGGAUUUGGUGGGUCUACUUGUACCGACUGUCAGGAGAAUUACUGGGGAAAUCCUAAUAUCCAGUGCAGAGCCUGUGAUUGUGAUCGCCGAGGGAUUGAGACACUACAGUGUGACCGGGCGUCUGGGCACUGCACUUGUCGCCAGGGAGUGUCGGGUGUGCGCUGCGACCAAUGUGCUCGUGGAUUUUCAGGACAAUUCCCGGACUGCCAGCCUUGUCACCAGUGCUUUGGAGAUUGGGAUCGUAUUGUCCAAGACCUGGCUGCUCGAACCAGAAGCCUGGUCCAGCGCAGCAAAGACAUCCAGCAAACUGGUGUAGCUGGGACCUACAAAAAAAACUUCCGGGACAUCGAAGAGAAGCUCGCCAAGGCACGAAAGAUUGUAAAUGCUCGCAAUGCCACAGUGGAAUCAGUAACAAAGCUAAUGAAGAUAAUGGAUGAUUUGAGAAAUAAAAUUAACGAGUCAACAGAGACUCUGACGCAGCUGGAGGGAGAGCUGACCGUUGUACAAGAUGAAAACUUUGAUGCCAACCAUGACCUCUCAGAGCUGGAACGAGAUGCCCGAAGUCUGAAUAUGACGGCCAAGGAGAGAGCUCACCAGCUGGAUGUGCUGAAGAACUCAAAUUUCCUAGGUGCCUAUGACAGUAUCCACCAGUCUCAUGCACAGUCAAGAGAGGCUGAACAAAAAGUCACUGCAGCUGCACUCAGCGUACCCAGUCCUGUGAGUGACUCCGCCAAGGCCCGUGAAAAAACGGAGCAGCUGAUGACUCAAAAACGGGAUGAUUUCAAUCGUAAGAAUGCAGCAAACCGGAGGGCGCUAAAUGACCUAGAAGCUAAAACCAGCUCCCUUGAUGUAAAGAAGAUUAAUGAAAAGGUCUGUGGGGCUCCCGGUGAUGCACCGUGCUCCGAGAGCCCCUGCGGUGGGGCUGGCUGCCGUGAUGAUGAGGGUAAAAGGCACUGUGGGGGUCUGAACUGUAAUGGUGCUGUUGCCACUGCAGACAACGCCCUGGAUCGAGCGCGCCACGCUGAAGAGGAGCUGCAGAGAGCCCUGGGAGAAGUGGAAAUUUUAUUCCAGAAGGUUGCAGAUGCAAAGGCAAAAGCAGACCAAGCAAAAACAAGGGCACAGGCCACUCUCGACAGAGCCAACAAGGCCAAAGAACGUGCGGAAAGGUCCAAUAAAGAACUAAGAGAACUCAUCCAGCAAAUCAAGGAUUUCCUGAGCCAGGAAGGAGCUGAUCCAGACAGUAUUGAGAAGGUCGCCAGCCGUGUACUGGAAAUCUCAAUCCCAGCAGACCCGCAACAAAUCCAACGUCUGGCCAUAGAAAUCAAGGAGAGAGUGAGCACACUAUCCAAUGUGGACGCCAUUUUGGAAAAGACAGCUGCUGAUGUCCGCAAGGCUGAACAAUUACUGAAUGAUGCCAAAAAGGCUAAAACCAAAGCAGAAAAUGUGAAGAACACUGCUGAGUCAGUGAAAAAAUCUCUUGAGGAUGCCAAAAGAGCCCAAAGUGCUGCAGAGGGGGCUAUUCGGAACGCCAAUGGCGAUAUCAAAGACACUGAAUUGAAGCUUACAGCGAUCCAGUCGGAGACAGCCAGUGCUGAGAAUCAGCUGAUGGACGCUAUGGAUCGAGUGGGACUUUUAGAUAAACAGAUUGAUGCUCUCAAAAUGAAGCGGGCAAACAACAGCUUAGCAGCGACUCGUGCAGAGGAAACCGCUGUCACCGCACUAGAUAAAGCCAAUGACGCCAAGAAGAUGUUGGAUGGGCAGCUCGGAGACAAAUAUAAAACUGUUCAGAACCUUGUCGAUCGGAAAGCCAAGAACAUUCAAGAAGCAAAACACAAAGCUGAUCAGCUACGAGAUGAGGCAAAGACGUUGUUAGAAAAUGCUCAAGAUAAACUAAAAAAGCUACAAGAUCUGGAAGCAGCUUAUGAACAAAAUGAGAUUCUUCUUCAGGAGAAGGCGAAACAGCUUGAUGGGCUAGAAGACAAAAUGAAGGGCAUCUUGUAUGAUAUUAACCAACAGAUUCAGAUUUAUAACACCUGCCAAUAGACACCAGCUUAAACUGUCCAAUCACAAAAUCCACUGAAGCAACCCUGUAACAAAAUUCUGAAAAAUCAAAGUGAUCGCAGAAAUGUUAUUUAACAUAAAAUGCCUUGAUGCUUCCGGGACGAAUUUAUAAUAAAACUGCUCAACUUAUCUGCCUUCGUCUUUUAUAGUCAUCUGGGUUUAUAUAUUUACUAUUCAUUUAAUGUGCCUUUUUUAUAUACCUGUGUUAAAUAAAGCAAGUUUUCUGUGGGAGCUCUCACUAUCA